AUGGAACGUCAUCAGAAGUGUCCACUUAAUUUGAGGGCUGAGGGAAUAGGGUGUGUCUUUUAAGUGUUUGGACCGUAAACGUAGAACAAAAAAAGAUGGCGCUGCCCAUGUUAAGAGGUUGCAAUUGUAGCAGACUGCCUUCAGUACUGAGUCGUUUCUUGAAACCUGAGCACGUUGUGCUUCCCCGGGCCAUCAAGACCACCCGCCUGGCUCCUACUUUGUCCUUUGGUGUUGUGUCCACCGUCCGAACUUAUUGCUCUGAUCGAGGUGGAGGUAAACAAAACCAGAAGGUGGUUGUGCUCGGCAUCCCCAACCCUUUAAUAUGGUUCCGAACCCGAGUAUACUACUUUUUGAUUCGGGUUUAUUUAGACAAGGAAUUCAAGAUCGAAGAAUUCACAGAGGGGUCGAAACAGGCAUUCUCCCAUGUUUCAAGACUGUUGUCAGGGAGUCAAUUUGAGGCACUUGAAGGUCUGGUUGCUAAAGACCUGAUUGCAAAACUGGAAGAGAAAUGUGCUCUGCUCCCACCAAGUCACCUGCAAGCGCUUUCUGCAGAUCCGGAAGACUUGGUGUACACAACACCAGGGGAUGUUGGCAUUUAUGAUGAUGAUGAUGGGCGGAAGUUUGUCAGUAUUCUGAUGAGAUACUGGUAUCUGACAAGUGCCCGGUUGCCUGAGGAAUCAUUGGAGGGAACACGUAUCUUUCAGGUGGCCAUAGGUGGUGAGGGUGAGCCGGAGACAAAGAAACUGCUCACAGCCAACUAUGAAUUCCAAAGGGAGUUUACUAAGGGGGUGUUGCCAGACUGGACCAUCACCAGGAUAGAGCACUCGAAGCUGCUGGAUUAAACUUGGAUUGAAUGGAGAUUGUAGGGGAGAUGGAGAGUGGUAGAGAAGCAGGAAAUGGAAGACCAUCCUUCCUGCUCAACCUACGAGAAUAUCCCCCCCACCUGCUAAAAUCUUGAUGCUCCUCAGGAGCAAAACGACUCUCAAAGCCAAGGCCAGGAGAGACAUGGGGAAUAUUUGAGGCCAACUUUCUAUCUGCCAGAAGUCACAUACUAUCCGCUGUAGAAAAAGUACAAAAGUCAAACAUAUCUGUUCGUAGUUUACUACUGUUCAGACAUCCAUGCAAGACCAGUUUUUCCCACUUGUCUCAGGCAGCACCGCAAUCUGUGGUCCAAACUAGGCUUUUUUUGUCAGCUCUGCUUUUAGAGCCUGAGAUUCUUCCUUCUGUUCAAUGGGGAGGGUAGACAAGGGGCAUACAGAAAUUGUGAGGAAAAAAAGCAGUAUAGGGGUCUGUAUUGAGAUUCUGUAGUCAGUCUUAGAUGUGCUUCUGUCCAAGCUUUUGGUAGAGCGUGCACACAGACUAAAGAAAAUGUCACACUUUGAUACAGAUAUGAACAAAUGUUUAAAUCAUUCCCUGAGCAAACUUACUCUAACCUACUUGUACUCUAACAAUCAAGUUAUUUAGUGGAAAAAAUUACUGUGCUGUAUCUGUUUCUUGAGAUGUGCUUUAUCUCCAGAAUAGUCCAUCAGCUGAAAAAGUAGUGAUUGCUAAUUACUGUUGGCGACAAGUAUUGGUGUUCUUUCUUAGUGGGUACUCUCCAAAUCAAAUUUUAUCCUGUGCACACAUGAUUAGUAGUGCUGCGAUAGUGGUACAACAAACACAAAUUAAAAGAAAAUGGAUCACUCUGCCCGUUGUGCAAUUGUCUUUGGCAGCUUUCAGCAGCAGAACUCUCUGACUGUCACACGUUGUUCUCCUAAACAUUUGAGUGAAGUUGAAAUGUAUAGAUUAAAUUGUGCCCCCCCCCCCCCCCCCAAAAAAGAGAAAAUACAGGUUUUAUAUAUUCCCUAUCUCUCAAAAGUUUUAGAUCCCACACCACAGUUCCCCAACAGCUGCCCCUCAACCAUCUGAGGAAAAAUAAAAUG